UUUUCGAUCCUUUCAUACAAGUCGUUUCACUUGAUUGACUUGAAAUAACUGCUUAUAAAACCGAGGCGCUGCAGCUGGGAUAUGUGCUCCUGCUCUCGAAUUCAGAUUUGCGUUUGCUCCCGUGCCAUUUUCAUCUUUGAGAAAGGAAUUGAGGGAGAACCGAACCUUUCGUUGUAAAAAACACAACUUUAAAGUGAUUACCAUGAAUAGCUAUGGUGCUCCAUAUCUGUACGUACCCACCGCGUCUUCCCGAGCACCAGCUCAGAGAACUCCCAAGUGCGCACGGUGUCGGAAUCACGGGGUGCUCUCCUGGCUCAAAGGCCACAAACGCUACUGUCGCUUCAAAGAUUGCACUUGCGACAAGUGCAUCCUCAUCUUAGAAAGACAGAGAGUCAUGGCCGCGCAGGUGGCUCUCAGGAGGCAACAAAGCAACGAGAAUCCUUGCAAUCUGGUUUUAUCUGAGGAUUACAGAGCAAUGUAUCCAGCCCCCGAGAGAUUCGAGGACUCGGCCCCUUCCGAUAGCGUGUACUCAGCCGGCAGAAGCAGAAACAGACUUGACGAAACGACACCUGCGGAUUCCAUGCUACAUCAGCAACCGGAUGAAUAUGAAGAUGUCGAAGGAAAAGAUGCUGAUAACAACCAGAAGAAGAUUACAGAAAGUGAGGUGGAAGAGCCAGUUUCAUCCACAGAUACCCAAAACAGCGAUUUAUCAUUGCCCCUCCCAGAAUCAAACAAUGACAUACAGCGGAAGAAGGAAAACAAAGAACACGUUAAAGUUGCCACCAGAUAUAACUUCAAUGACAUCAGGAAGUUCUUGAAGUCGGAAGACGUGCUGAAGGACAUGGUUCCUUCAGGAAAGUCUAAAACGCCUCCUAUUGAGGUUCUAGCCAAGGUAUUUCCGAAUCAGAAACAGUCCGUCCUGGAGCUGGUGCUGAAAGGUUGCAACAAUGAUUUGGUUUCAGCAAUUGAAACCUUACUGUCCAGCACCACCAGGCGAUCUGAAGGAUCGAAGAAUUACAACAAACCACAGACCUCCAAGGACAUAGCUGACUACAACUCUGGUCACUGUCCUUUAACUUCAUCAGCUUGGUCUCUGAGUUCUGCCUUUAGAUCCCCGUCUGAUGCCUUCCAGGUAUCCCCAAACAGCCACAGUGUUGUAGCAAGUUUGCCCAAUGUCACUCAUACAAUUACACAACCCAGUCAUUACCCUGUGCCAACCCUUUUCAGACCAACUUUGUCUGGCUCUCAUCCCUUUGUUUCCAGUGAAUUUGCUCUGUGGAGCACAAUGACCUUUCAGCACCCUAGCCUGAGACAACAGUUUACUUCCUUGGCUCACUCCACUAGUGCCCUGUUGGGAAGCACCACAAUGGUCCUACCUGCUCAAAAUGAGACUUCCCAAAAACCAUCUGUCUGUGAUGGGAAACUGGCAGAAAAAUCUUUGAAAUAUCUUGAAGAAAGACAAGAAGGCAAGAAGUAGCAAUUUGGAUUUCAAAUUCCUUAGCUCUGCUUCAUUAAACUUUGAGAAUCAAUGAGUUGGCAUGUAAAACAAAAAGUUGCCCUGAAGAAUAA